UCAACUGAAAACAAGAACCCAUCUCGGAGCUAGCUCGGAUUAUCGAUGAACGCGGAUUUAAUGACCUUUCUUGCGCAUCUCAAAGGAGAAAAAAGACAUAAAUAUCCGUCACACGGUCAGAGCUGACUGACAUUUGAGGCGCAUCACGCUGAGUGGUUUCAGUUCGACGUAAAUUGCGAAUGUUUGAGCUUCGGAGCUACAUUAGCCUGUUAGCCGGAUGCUAAUGUCAACAAACAUCACGUCAGGGCUGGAUUAUCAGGUUUAGGGUUGGAUUCAUGGCUCCGAGAGACGGACUGACUGCCAGAUCCAGAUGAUGGCGAGCAGAGAGCAGCAGCUGACCGCGGCCGAGCCCACCAUGUCGGAGCUGGACUCCCUGGUCGUCUCCUUCCAGACGCAGCUCUCAGACGUGAUGGAGGCGGUGCUGAAGUCUGCCAUGUUCCAGGUCUCCAGGCUGGUGGAGGACGUCUUCCUGCUCGAGGUGAAGCGCCGGAGCCAGGAGGUGGACUCCCUCAGGCUGCGGCUGCAGUGGACCGAGACCAAGCUCAGCGAAGAGGGGGGUAGGACGGGGAAGUGUGUGGACUGUGGGAGGGAGGCGGUGGAGCUGAGCACCGAGACUUCACAGGAGAGAUCCACAGACACCCAGGAAGACAUUCUGAGAGUCAGCGGUGUGAAGACAGAGCUCGAUCCUGAGGAAACAUGGAUGCUGAGCUGCAGAGAAGAAGCCGGAUCGGACAGUCCACAGGAGGCAGAGCAUCCUGCGUCCAGCCACAUGAACGACGGGGAAUCUCUGCCGAGUGAAAGCGAGGACGUGCUUCCAGUUGUGGACAUGAAGGAGGAAGGACUCGAUAAGCCGUCUUGUUCUGUGCUUUUAGGACGAUGGAGUGGUUCUCUGGACGAUCAAUCAGGACCUGAAAUGGACAAAACUCCAGAGAUGGAAGAAGCACAACCCAGACCGCCUCCAGAAAGCAGUGACAGCCUGCUGAGGAUGAAGCAGGACCUGCAGAGUCGAUCUGCGUUCGACUUCUCGGAGGAGCCGCAGGAGACGGCCUCGGUGGAGUCGGUGGAGAUGACCUCCAGCUGGGCGGGGCUGACGGGCUCGGCCUGCGGCGCUCAGAAACGCACGCUGAGCGAGGCGGCGGACUCCGUCCAGGGCGGCUCGGACCGGGAUCGGAUCGCCCCGGGAUCCCCCACGGCCAGGCUGCCGCACGGCGAAGGGUCAGGGGUCACCGUCAAGGAGGAACUCCUGCUGGACUCUGAUGACUGCGAGGAGAACGAGGGCUCAGUGAAGGAAGGGAAGGCUGCCGCCGCCGCCACCUUCCCGCUCACUGUCAAGCAGCACCGGCUGAGCUCAGAGACACGCAGGCCGAUGUUCCACCGCGCCUCGGUGCAGGACGUGAUGAAGCUGCACUCCAGGGUGGGCGCCGGCCUCCGCCUGCAGGCGGCGCUGCAGCACCUCCACCGCCCGCCCAAGAAACACCCUCUCACACUCUCCGGCGGCUCGUCCGCGGCGCCGUCCGCCGCUCACGCCGUCAACCCGCACGGCCGCCUCCCCUCCACGUCCAAAGCCGCCCCGCCUCCCUCCGUGGCGGCGCAGCGGGCCCAGACGUCCCAGCUGCACCGCGCCGCGGCUCCGUGGCUCAGCCUCAAAGCUCAGCACCAGUCGGCCCACGCCGCGCCCCACGCCGACUCCCCCGCCGGCCCCAGGCACCUGCUGCGCUGCGGCCAGUGCGGGAAGUGCUUCCCCCACCCCAGCAACCUGAAGGCCCACCUGCAGACGCACACGGGCGAGCGGCCCUUCUGCUGCUCGCUGUGCGGCCGCAGCUUCACCAAGCUCAGCAACCUGAAGGCCCACCGGCGCGUCCACACCGGCGAGAGACCCUACUGCUGCCUGGCCUGCGGGAAACGCUUCACGCAGAAAUGCAACCUGAAGCGCCACCAGAGGAUCCAUCUGGACGUAUGAUGGGUCCGGAGUGUGUGUCGUGUUGUAGAAGAUUCUGUGCAUUCCAGGAAGACUCACAGUGACUUUUAAUGUUAUUAGAGAAUCAUAUGGUGUGUCCAGUUUAGUGUGUCAUGAGUCAGAGAGAGAGAGAGACAGAGACAGACAGAGAGAGAGAGAGAGAGGUCAGUGGUGCUUUCAAACAAUAAAUGAAAUGUUCUGUGUGUUCAGUGUUCUCCUUCUCCUCCUACUUUGUAUCACAAAGCGUUCAUCUCCCCCUCCUCUAUUUGACACACACGCAGUGUUACUUGUGAAAUCUGAGGACUGUUAUAAUUGGGCUGAAAAAUGCUUCAGUGUUGAACUUGUCUUCCUUUUCCCAAGACUGUUCAUGUCCAAUUAAAAAAGAAGACCUCAAAAAAGAAAAAGAAAAAAUCUGAAGUUACAUAGAAUUACAGAAAUCUGAAUUUGGAUCUUGAAAUUAGCACAGAAGUCACAUUUUUAUGGAAUGCUGCAGCCAUUUCAUAAAUUUUUAUGUUUUAUCCAAACAGAUAAAAUUAUUAAGAUUGUUCUUAUUUUUCAAUUUGGAUUUGAAAACAAUUCGUUCUCUCAUCAAUCAUUAAUCCAACCGGCAUAGAGAGAAAUAAUCUAGAAAUA